GGCCUCUUCUGUUCCGAACCCGUCGCAGUGUCAGGAGCUCCAAGUCGGGCUCCCCGCAGCCAAUCUCACCAUCAUCCUGCUCGGGGGGGUCGAACCGCCCUUCUGAGCUCCCGAGCGGCCCGAGAUGAGGCCGACCAGUCCGGUCAUCUCGGCAUACGAGAUGGCGGGUUACUCAUCGUCCCCGUCGCGGUGGAAGCCGGCCAGCUGGACGAGAAGGAUAUGGCUGAUCGUCGGCACAGUCGUCGUGCUGAUCGUGGUCGUGGUCGUUGGCGCCGUCGUGGGCGUGAAGGCGACGAGGAACAAUGGCGGCGGAAACUCGAGCUAUCCCGACUACUUCAAGCUGAACUACACCCUGAUUGAUACCUAUUCGGGGACUACCUUCUUUGACAAGUUCAACUACUUCCACACUUGGGACCCUGCCGGGGGAUUUGUCCACUACGUCGAUCCGGACUAUGCCGGCACAUAUAACCUCACCUGGGCAACGUCUUCCACCGCCCUGAUCCGCGUCGACACCACUGUCGGACCGGGUUCCGAGCCGGACGCCUCCACCGGCCGCUUCUCGGUCCGUCUCGAGUCCAAGACGCAGUACGGCCCGGGACUGUUCCUCUUCGACGUCAAGCACACCCCGUACGGGUGUGCUACAUGGCCAGCCCUCUGGCUCACCGACCCCAACAACUGGCCCGACAACGGCGAGAUCGACGUGAUGGAGGCCGUCAACCAAGCCGCGGCGGGCACCCUCGUCGCCCUGCACACCACCGCCGGCUGCACCAUGGCCGACGUCCGGCGCGACAUGGCCGGCGCCGCCGAGCAGGCGGACUGCCACAACGCCACCAACUCCAACGCCGGCUGCGCCGUCCGGGGCGCCCCCGCCACCUACGGCCCCGAGUUCAACGAGGCCGGCGGCGGCAUCGUCGCGCUCGAGUGGCGCGCCGAGGGCAUCCGCGUCUGGGUGUUCCCGAGAGGCGGAAGCGGAAGCGGAAGCGGCGGCGGUGACGAGAGAGGGCUGGCGGCGCUGCCGGCCGCCGAGGCCAAAGAGACCCCGGACCCGAGCGCCUGGGGCCCGCCGCUGGCCGACUUCCCGGCGACCAGCUGCGAUGUGGGCAGCCACUUCCGGAACCAGAGCAUCAUUAUCAAUAUCGACCUGUGUGGCUAUCUGACCGAGGCGGUAUGGGAGGAGUCUGGGUGUAGUCGUCUGAAGUGCAUCGAUUUCGUCGCCAACAACCCUUCGGCGUUCACCAACGCGUAUUGGGAGUUUGGCGCCUUUCAAGUCUAUAAGGCGCAAUGAGAGAGAGAUGGAAUAGGAGGCUUCAUGUCUUACUCUAUGCUUCAUGACCGGAAAUCUGUAGAUGCCCCUGAACCGAGCAAAAUAAUUGACUCCAUGUCGAAUUUCCGUCUUGCCCAUCUCGUCAAUAAUCCUCGGCAUGCAUGGCCCCUGUCCCCUUUCGAAACCUUCUAUCGUGCCUCGAGAGAUUAAGCGGAGUUGUUUCGCGCCGAACCAAUGUCUGCCAGACCGUCUCUAUGUAACCCGCUGAACAGCCCGCGCUCCAAGGUCUAACCAAAGCAAACGACUUGCCCCCAAAAACGCCAACGCCAUCAAACAAGACAAAAGUGCCGUCCCUCCUAGCAACCAAGAUAGCCGGAGAACAACAGGAAAGGCCGCCAAACAUAUAGUAGUAGUAGUAGUACAGCACCUUCUAUCUUCACACCUUCCCCGGAUGAAAAAAAAACGGCUUCAGUCCUCGUCCUUGGGCAUCCUCAUCCACGCAUCGAUGGCCGCGCUGAACGCCGCGAAACCGGCGCACCCGACCGCCGCCGCCUGCGGGCCGCCGUUCCGCGCCAAGAUGGCGCCCGUCAGACACCCGGCCGCGACGCCGUUGCCCAUGUCGUUCUUCGCCCGGAGCCCCUCGAUGCCGCACUCGAUGCCGCUGAAGAGCGCG